AUGACUGCGGAAAACAAAGACAUGAUUUAUCCCGAUUUUACGGAGCUACGUAUUUAUCCAUCAUUUUCGGAAAUUAGAGAAAAAUUCAAUGCACCCUCCAACUUUAAAAUAUAUUUUCCACUCGAAGUUUAUGCUCAAAUUGUGUCUGGUAGUUUGAGUAUCGAAGGCGUCCCUGUGUUAUCUCAAAAUUCAGUGACGAAAGCCAAUAAUCUUGAAGGACAGACGGUAUUUGUUCGUCGAUCAGGAGUUCAACCGAUUGAAUGUCAAGUCAUUCGACCUAAUGAUCUUUUAUUGAAAGACAUCAAAACCAAUCGAUACCUAAAAGCUGAACAUCAUGACUUAGAAUAUGUGACUAUACCCGAAGAAGAGGGUACUGAAGUUUCAUUUGCUCUCAAAACUGGCGCUGAAGUAACUUUAUCCUAUUUAAUUAAUGGUAUUACAUGGUCACCUCGUUACAAUUUAAAAGUUAGCGGUGAACAACACACAUUCGAAGCAUGGGCUGAUAUGACAAAUUCAACUAAAAGAGACUAUAAAAUAAAACGAACAGAAAUAUUUGGUGGAGAUGUUCGACUUAAUUCUGGCCGCGGGCUUGGCUUUGGAAGAGCAAGGAGACACAAGAAAUGCUUAGGCUAUGAUGGUUGCAGUACAAAUGAAUGUGCACCACAAAUCCAAUCAAAAGGAGAACUAGCCGGUAUCUAUUGGUAUUCGAUUGAUCAGCCUUUUGUUCUUCUCUCCCAAAGUACAUUCUCACUUCCAUUUGUUGAACCAAAUAUAACAUUGACAAAGUAUGUUGGCUUGGAACUCAGCUUUUCGGAACGCGCACAAAGAGGGAAGUUUCAACGAAAAUAUCGCAUUGAAAGUGACCAAUUUCUACCCCGUGGAACAGUAACAGUACGAGAAGAUGGGCGAGUUGUGGGACAAGCUCAUGCACCCGAUAUGCCAAUAGGGGACAAACAAGAUUUAGAUUGUGGAAAUGAUCCAGAUGUGAGUUACCUACGUGAAGUUAAAGUACUUAGCCAAAAACGAAAUUCGGCUAUUUAUGAUAUAAAGUUAAUAUUGAAAAAUGCGAAACAAAAACCGGUUAAAUAUGAAUUUAAAGAGGUGAUUUCAGCCAUGAAAUUCACUGCUAUACCAAAAGGUGAUAAUGCAUCAAAAAUCAAACUUAUAGCAGAAGGAUUGAAAAUUGAUGAUGACAAUGAUUUAGAUGGAAAUGAACAAGAGAGAAUUUAUGAAUAUCAAAUUCAACUAGAAUAUAGGUCCAGAUCCAGAUCCAGAUCCAGAUCAUGA